AGGCGUCAUAUUCGCCUGUGGAUUCCACACCCGGAAUUACCUCCAAAUCAAGGAUUUUUGAUUUUUCCUUUUCAUUUUUCUGUGGGUGUAAAAUUUCCGGUGAGUAACGACGCCACACUACAUAUUUCCAUUCCACCCUUCCCUUCCAAAUCUCGCUUCUUUCUCUUCCUCUUCCUCUUCAUCUUCCUUCCUUUCCUUCUAGAUACACCCAAUCAUCCAUGGCUACUGCCACCGACAAGCUCACUCAGCUCAAAUCUGCAGCUUCUGGCCUCAAUCAAAUCAGUGAAAAUGAGAAAAAUGGAUUCAUCAAUCUCGUCUCUCGUUAUCUGAGUGGCGAAGCGCAGCAUAUUGAAUGGAGUAAGAUCCAAACACCGACUGAUGAGGUCGUCGUUCCUUAUGAUUCCUUGUCUCCACUUCCAGAGGAUUCUGCCGAAACCAAGAAGCUGUUGGACAAGCUUGUUGUGCUAAAGCUUAAUGGUGGUUUGGGGACAACAAUGGGCUGUACUGGUCCCAAAUCUGUCAUUGAAGUUUGCGAUGGGUUGACAUUUCUUGACCUUAUUGUUAUCCAGAUUGAGAAUCUCAAUUCCAAAUAUGGGUGUAAUGUUCCUUUGGUUCUCAUGAACUCAUUCAACACUCAUGAGGACACAUUUAAGAUUGUGGAGAAGUACUCCAAGUCCAAUGUUGAGAUUCACACCUUCAACCAGAGCCAAUAUCCUCGUGUAGUUGUUGAAGAUUUUAUUCCAUUACCAUGCAAAGGACAGACUGGGAAGGAUGGAUGGUAUCCUCCUGGACAUGGUGAUAUUUUCCCAUCUCUAAUGAACAGUGGCAAGCUUGAUACUUUCUUGUCACAGGGGAAGGAGUAUGUGUUUAUUGCCAACUCAGACAACUUGGGUGCUAUAGUUGACUUGAAAAUCUUAAAUCAUUUGAUCCAAAACAAGAACGAAUACUGUAUGGAGGUCACACCAAAAACAUUGGCUGAUGUGAAAGGUGGUACCCUCAUCUCUUAUGAGGGAAAAGUUCAGCUUCUCGAAAUUGCUCAAGUUCCUGAUGAACAUGUUAACGAAUUCAAGUCAAUUGAGAAGUUCAAAAUUUUUAAUACCAACAACCUGUGGGUGAACCUGAAUGCAAUUAAGAGGCUGGUCCAAGCUGAUGCACUCAAAAUGGAGAUCAUUCCAAAUCCUAAGGAGGUAGACGGGAUCAAAGUUCUUCAACUGGAAACUGCUGCUGGGGCAGCCAUUAGGUUCUUUGACAAUGCAAUUGGCAUAAAUGUACCUCGAUCACGGUUCCUUCCAGUGAAGGCAACUUCAGAUUUGCUCCUGGUUCAGUCUGAUCUCUACACCUUAGAGAAUGGCUUUGUCAUUAGGAACAAAGCUAGAAAAAAUCCUGCAAAUCCUUCAAUUGAAUUGGGACCUGAAUUUAAGAAGGUUGGCAAUUUCUUGAGUCGAUUCAAGUCAAUCCCAAGUAUCAUUGAGCUGGAUAGCCUUAAGGUGACUGGUGAUGUAUGGUUUGGUGCUGGUAUUACUCUCAAGGGAAAAGUAACUAUUGUUGCAAAAGCUGGAGUGAAAUUAGAAAUUCCUGAUGGAGCUGUAAUUGAAAACAAGGAAAUCAAUGGCCCUGAAGACCUCUGAAGGACCAACUUUGUGGGAGAGCGUUUUUGUUAAAAUCAUGGUUGUUCAAAAUCCGUCUGUUUUAACUGGCAAAUAAAAAUUAUAUUACAUACUGCCAAGUAUCUGAAAUGCAUACUUUUGCAGCAUAUAAGAGUGAACCCCCUAUACAGUUUUACUCCCGUCUCGGAAUAAAAUACUCUUUUUUUA